UGGUGUCAGGACGGUGGGUACUCAAAAAGCGACAAUCGUCCACAAGUACCGAGGCUGGUGUCCCUCUGAGAUCCAGAGAACAAGUCAGCAAUACUCCAUGAAAGCGCUUGUCGUUCUUCUAUGGCAACAGACACUAGCAAUACUCGCGCUUUUGUAUGCUGCUGACGCCGUCAGCCAGCCAUUUUACAUUAUCCUUCGCCUCGAUAUCGAGCUCUUUGUUCCAGGAGGUUGGCUGGCCGCAGAGAGGCUGGCUGGCACACCGGCAUCCAAAAAUGGACAACGAUCGAGGGUGACGGCGAUCGCAAGUUCAACAUAUCAGCCGCCUCUCGCCAUAUAUAGCCCGCCCAGGUUCGACUUUCCCCCCUCAUCCAACUUGAACUUGAACCACCACUGUCCACUGCGUAUCGCACAUGCUCCCCAUUCUCAUCUUGCUUGGUGGCGCGCUGGCCCUCAUCGGCGUGCUGCCCAGCCUCCCUCCGACGUUCAACGUCGGGCUCAUCCCCAGUACACUCCUCCUGACGCCGGCCGUCAUGGAGGACUUCCUGCUGUACUUGCCCUCUAGCCCCGCUGUAGAGGGCACUGCGGCCCUCGUCGGCGAUCUUGUCGACGGGACCGCAGGCGUCGUCGGCGACAUCGUCGACACCAUUCGCAACUCGGCCGCUCUGGCCUCCCCGGAAUUUAUCUGGCUCUCGGACAUGUCGCUCAGCGACAUCGGUUAUGGCUCGGUUUACUUCGACCU